AUCACUUAAAACUUAAAAAAUGAUCAAUUUGUGUAUAAACAUAGACCUCUAGUGCCUCUAGGUCCUUUAGAAUCAAGAAUAAUAUAAAAAACGUCUUUUGUAGUUAAUGUUAUAAUGGUGAAUUAUUGCUGCGUACAAGGAUGUGGUCGUAACAGCAAACAAAACAAACAUUUGAACUAUUAUAGUUUGCCGAAAGAAAAACGACGGCAAGUGCAGUGGCUGCAAGCGGCAGGGCGCACAGACUUGCUAGAAAAGGACAAAGUGCUGGUUUCGCACCGGUUCUGCUCGCGACACUUCCCUCCCUCGUCAAUAAAAAACAAGCAUCUUUGUGACACUGCUGUGCCCUCGCUCUGUCUACCUGGGACUACUGAAAAAGAUAGUGAGGUCCACGAACACAAAGGCAUUGUGUGUGAUAGCUGCGGGCUGGCUGUCUCCGGGUUCCGGUACAAAUGCGUCUCCUGCGCGGACUACGAUCUGUGCCAGAAAUGCGAGAUGAGGGAGACGCAUCCCGAUCAUUAUAUGCUGAGGAUGCCCAAGCCUUUGAAACAUAAAUUGGCGGACGAUCUGAUCGGCAAGUGGCGUCAGUUCUUCUCAGCGAAGCAUGCCACGCCCGAGUCAGACAGCGACGAUGAGCCCAUCACCAAAUACAGGAAUCACAGCAGCGUCGACCUAACUGAAGAAGUGAAACGAGCGAUUCGAGCCGAAGUGGCACGAGUGUCGAAACUGCCCGAGCCAGAGGAUCCGCAGCUUAAGAGGAAAACGGCCACCGAGCGGCGCCCGAUUAAGAGGAUACGGAUGGACGGCACGAUAGGGUAUGAUGACGAGGACAGGAGCGUCCCGGAGGUGGUGUUCGCCGACGUCAACGAGGAUAAUCAGCUGCUGGAAGUCAAGCACGAAGUCACUGUAGAAGAAUGGAAGAAGAUGGUGCAUGUGAAAAUAAGUGACGACCUGACGGAGCUGAUGAUAGAAGUACCUCAACAGAAUGCGGGGCACACGAGUUAUACAAAUACAGGGUGAAAUUUUAUUAUGAGUUUAUAGGGACCGUGCGCGUUGCAGGGUCUGCCAUCUUGUGGCCUGAAUCGGAAACAUAUAUGCACAUGUACAUUGCCAAAGCAAGUGCUACCAUCUACCGUUCUCGUCGGUACGUUUCCUUGUGCAUAGUAGGUUCUGCCAUCUUGUGGGCUACAUCGGAAGCAUUAACGACACAUUUACGCCUCGCGCCAAAAAUCUGACGGCUCCUAUGCUGCCCCCUAUAGUUCAUGCACGGGGCCUAUACAAACACAUGGUGAAAUUUUAACCACAAGCCUUUUUCAUACAUUCCGGCUGCGGCGAUGCCGCUGAUUUCUAUGGGACAGUCAAUUUUCGCGAGUUCGUCAUUGGUCCCAUAAUAAAAGUUGUUCAGUAUGACCUAUAAAGUCAAUACCCAGAGUAUGGCUGGUAGUUAAAAUUUCACCCUGUAUUUGAGAUAGAGGCUUCUUUUUUUAUGACGUAUAUAAGAAAACUGAGCUAAAAUGACUGUUUAUGGUUAAAUGUAAAAUAUAUGUACCUAAAUAUUUAAACUAAGUGGAAAAUAAAUGUAUUGUAAAUUA